AUGGCACCGGAGGAGAAUGGCACGUGCGACCCGUGCAAGACUUUUGGGCAAAAGUGCAGUCAUGUCGUGAAGAAACAAAGAGCCAAGUUUUAUAUUCUUCGCCGUUGUAUCGCCAUGUUAAUCUGCUGGCGCGACCAAAACCACGACCGCCACGACUCCUAA